AUGGACUCUGGCGGAGUCAGGAGGAAGGAUACGACCAAAGGCCCUCCUCUUCGAGUUCUUUCGCUCGAUGGAGGAGGCGUCCGAGGUUAUUCUAUUUUCAUUAUUAUUCAAGAACUUAUGCACCGAACUUUUGUCGAAAUCGAAGGCCGCGCUCCCAAGCGACACGAGAUUCCCAAGCCAUGCGACCAUUUCGAUCUAAUUGUCGGUACCGGUACGGGAGGCCUGAUUGCUCUCAUGUUGGGUCGACUUCGUCUUGAUCUCGAGACUUGCAAAGAGCUCUACGUUCGAAUGACGCGCACCGUUUUUCAAACCGACAAGACUAUCGCUGGAAUCCCAUACCGAUCGACUUUAUUCAAGGCUAGCAAGCUUGAAGAAGCCAUCAAGACAGCUGUCCAGGAACAUACCGUCAAGGAAAGAGAAGGCAACGACAGUGCUGAAUCCCCUCUUACCAACCCCCUCAACGCUGCAUCCUACUCAAGCGCUGGUCUCCCUCGUCGGAAUCAGAGCAAUGCAAGCACCGUUAGCUUUAGCGCUCGCAGUCCCGCUUCGCAGAUGGCGCAUCGGCCCGCGUACAAUUCAAGAUACGGCGAUCCCAACGCUCGUCUGUAUGACCACAGAGAAAACCGCACCAAAACAGCGGUCACAGCAGUAUACAAGGGCUCUCCUCGAGGCACCCCCGCAGUUCUUUUACGAUCCUACGAUUCCCGGAAAGAACCCCCACCUGAGUUUGAAUGCAAAAUUUGGCAAGCUGGCCGAGCCACUUGUUCUAUUGGGCUUGCUUUCAAGCCCAUCACCAUCGGGCAAUCAGUCUUCCACGACGAUGGCGUGGGCACUUUCAACCCUAGCCCAGAAGCCCUGGACGAAGCGGUGGUCAACGAGUGGCCCGGUCGUGAAGUGGGUGUCUUUGUUAGUGUCGGUACUGGCAGACGGCCCAAGAACACGGACUCAAAUUCACAGAUGUGGUAUGAAGGCUUCUUGGGCGAGUUUGCUGAGGCCCGUAGGAAGUUAAUCUCGAAAAUCGAGGGCUGCGAGAAGAUCCACGAGUACAUGAUGCGCGAGCAUCUGGGAAAGCGAAAUGUCAGUAUUGAUGCCUACUACCGUCUUAACGUGGAGGUGGGUGUGGGCGAGUUUGGCAUGAAUGAAUGGCACCGACUUGGUGAGAUCAGCACAGGUACUCGAAGGUACAUGUCAAGAGAAGCCGAGCAAAGGAUGAUUCAAGGUAUCUCGUCGAAGCUUGGAAGGAUUCAUCGAGCCAGAAUCCGCCAUGCACGAGCUCCCGAGGGCAUUCCAGAGAUCGUCAAGUCAACAUCGAGUACAUGGGAGAUGCCCAUGGCGUUUGAACUUCCUGGGGAUAUUCCAACGUCUGUCCCGCUCCCUCACAGCCCUGGAAGCCGGUCCUCGUUCGAGUCAGGCUCCGAUAACUUACAAAUGCCUCACAACGGUUCGCCCCGAAGCUCGUAUGAGCGUAUACACCCCGAUGGCUCAACCCCCAAAUCUCCUCCUUUGGGACCUCGCAGCCCUAGCGCCAGUGCUCCUGCUUUGUACCCAGAGGAUCAUUUGACAGUACAGUCACCCACGCCAGCGCAGUAUCGUGACCAUGUCAAUGGGCAGGAUUUGAUAGCCAUUGUCAGUCCAGACGAAUACCCCAGACCGGCUCCAAACGUGGCCUCCCCACCCCCAACCCGAAUUGAACCUCCGCCCUUGCCACCCAAGACGCCUCUCCCAGAGAGCCAGCAACAUGGCGGUCGAAGAAUACCGACGGUUCCACCUCCAUACCCUGUGGACGACGAUGAGCCCCCACCAGUCAACAUGUCUCGAAAGCCCGACUAUAGGGGACGAUGA